AUGAGUAAUCAUCUAAAACUUGGCGUUGAAGUCAUAAGCGCGAGGCUCAAACCUAGAGAUGACUAUGGCGGUGUUAACGCUUUCGUCGAGCUACGAUUUGACGAUCAGAAAGUCAAAACCUCGACUAAGAUGGACGACUCGAGUCCGAUAUGGAACGAGAAGUUCUUCUUCAACAUAUCUCAAACAGAGGAUUUAUCAAAUCUUUCUCUUGAUGCUUACGUUUACAAUAAAACCAGCAGCAUAACGAAAUCAUGUCUAGGUAAGAUUCGAAUCUUGGGAACUGCGUUUUUGCCGUACUCGGAAGCUGUAGGAUGGCCUUACCCUCUUGAGAAAGAGAAAUGGAGCAUCUUCUCUUUUGCAGCCGCCAGUGGAGGUGAGCUUGCUCUGAAAGUGUUCGUCACUGAUAACCCCUCUCCCAAGGUACCGAAUCUAAUCCCUACGAAGAAGAUUCCUUCUAAAACAAGGCAUAAAAUCCACAAUAUCCCUAAAACGGAGAAGAGUAAAUCUAGCCCACGAGGAAACCAGAAACCAUCUCAACCACAACCGUCUGAACCGCAACAUCUUCCACCGGAACCGCCUCGACGGGCACAUGUUAUGGAAUCUUCUUGCAUUCAAGAACAGAGGUUCGUUCCUCUUCCUCCGAUACCUACAACUAUGGGAUUUAAUCCGAAUCCACCGGAUUAUUCAAUCCAACAGACGAAUCCGAUUCUCGGAGGAGGCAAAAGAGCAAGACCAAGUGCUCAUGAUCUCGUGGAGCCAAUGGAGUUUCUCUUCAUCAAAAUCGUGAAAGCUAGGGAUCUUCCACACAUGGACAAAACCGGAAGUCUAGAUCCGUACGUCCAAGUCAAACUCGGAAACUUUACGGGCAAAACAAAACAUUUCGAGAAGAAUCAAAACCCUGUUUGGAACGAAGUCUUCGCUUUCUCCAAAUCCGAUCAACAAGCAAAUGUUCUUGACGUCAUCGUCAUGGACAAAGACAUGAUCAAAGACGAUUUCGUCGGUUUAGUCCAGUUUGAUCUCAAUGACAUUCCGACACGUGUCGCACCAGACAGUCCUUUAGCUCCUGAAUGGUACAGAGUCAACAUCGAGAAAGGAGGCGAUAUCAUGUUAGCUGUUUGGUUUGGUACUCAAGCAGACGAAGCAUUCUCAGACGCGACAUACUCAGACGCUUUAAACGCUGUUAACAAAUCGAGUUUGCGUUCUAAAGUCUAUCAUUCUCCGAGGCUUUGGUACCUCCGUGUUAACGUCAUCGAGGCACAAGACUUGGUUAUCGUACCAGACCGCUUUCCAAAUCCAUAUGUCAAAAUCAAGUUAAAUAACCAAGUGGUUCGAACCAAACCGAGUCACUCGCUGAAUCCAAGAUGGAACGAAGAGUUCACGCUCGUCGCGGCUGAGCCGUUUGAAGAUCUGAUCAUCUCGAUUGAAGACCGAGUCGCGGCUAAUCGAGAGGAAACGCUGGGAGAGGUACAUAUACCGUUUAAUAAAAUUAGUAAACGGGUUGACGAUAGCCGGACAGUGCCUAACCAAUGGUUUAGUCUUGAGAGUGAGAAACAGAGACGAGUCAGAUUUGGGACAACGAGGCUUCAUCUGAAUGUUUGUCUAGAAGGAGGCUACCACGUUCUUGAUGAGUCUACUUACUACAGCAGCGAUUUCAGACCGUCGAUGAAAGAGUUGUUGAGUCAUAAGCAGCCGUCUUUUGGUGUUCUUGAAUUAGGGAUCUUGAAAAUUGAAGGUUUGAAUUUGAGCCAAGAUGGAAAGAAAGAGACGGUGGAUGCUUACUGUGUGGCUAAGUAUGGAACCAAAUGGGUCAGGACCCGGACCAUAACAGACUGUUUAAACCCGCGGUUCAACGAGCAGUACACAUGGGAGGUUUAUGAGCCUGCAACAGUAAUCACAAUAGGCGUGUUCGAUAACAAUCAGAUCAACAGUGGUAACGGUAACAAAGGAGAUGGGAAAAUUGGGAAAAUUAGAGUUAGAAUCUCGACCCUCGAAUCCGGAAGAAUCUACACCAAUUCCUAUCCGCUUCUUGUUCUUCGACCAUCAGGUGUCAAGAAAAUGGGGGAACUGCAUUUGGCGAUUCGUUUUUCUUGCUCGUCCUAUAUUCAGAUGCUAGUUCAGUACUGGAAACCGCUUCUUCCCAAAAUGCAUUAUGCAAGACCGUUGAAAGUCGUGCAACAAGAGAUUCUUCGGCAGCACGCCGUCAACUUACUCGCAACUCGGUUAAGUAGAGCCGAGCCGCCGCUUAGAAAAGAGGUAGUCGAAUAUAUUUCGGAUUCGAAUUCGCAUUUUUGGAGCAUGAGAAAGAGCCGUGCAAAUCUCUUCAGAUUGACUUCGGUUGUCUCUGGCUUACUAGGAACCGGAGACUGGUUUCAAGAUAUAUGCAGGUGGAAGAAACCUUUCGUGAGUACAGCUAUACAUGUACUCUACCUUGUGUUAGUAUGUUUGCCGGAGAUGAUUCUUCCGGUGAUGUCACUUUGUUUGUUCAUGCUUGGGGUAUGGAACUACAGGCUACGUCCGAGGCAACCUCCACACAUGGACACAAGAAUUUCAUUUGCAGACAACAUCCAUCCCGAAGAACUUAACGAAGAGUUUGAUACAUUCCCUUAUUCGUCUCAAGACCCGGGGAUAGUAAAAAUGCGGUAUGAGCGGUUGAGGAGUAUCGCGAGUAGAGCUCAAACUGUUGUGGGAGAUAUAGCAGGUCAAGGAGAAAGAAUUCAGGCUCUAGUAAGCUGGAGAGAUCCAAGAGCGACUUCGAUCUUCAUGGUACUUUGUUUGGUUUCUUCUGUGGUUUUGUAUGUUGUGCCGUUUAAGGUUUUUGUUCUUCUCACCGGACUAUACAUCAUGAGACAUCCAAGAUUCAGAGGAAAGACGCCUCCUGGACCGGUUAAUUUCUUUCGGCGGCUUCCUGCUAAAACAGAUUGUAUGCUCUAGAAUGCAAAAACAUA